AUGGCUAUGGCGGGUGGCGGCGCGGCGGCGGCCAAGAGGUGCAUGAACCCGGCCUGCGGCGGGCCGGCGUCGUCGGUGGUCGGGGCGGGAGGGGACUGGAGGAAGGGCUGGCCGCUGCGAUCCGGAGGCUUCGCCCUGCUCUGCGACAAGUGCGGGUUGUUAUAUGAACAGUUUGUGUUUUGUGAUAUAUUUCACCAAAAGGAAUCAGGAUGGAGAGACUGCUCAUUUUGUGGGAAGCGCCUCCAUUGUGGAUGUGUUGCUUCAAAGAACUCUUAUGAUCUACUUGACAGUGGAGGAGUUCAAUGUGUCACGUGCAUGAAAAAUUCAGCAGCUCAGUCUGCUUCUGGCCAAGUGGUUCCGAAGCUUUUUCCAUGUCCAAAUAAUCUGCGGUUUUUCGAUAAAACCGACGAGUUAUUGUCAAGUAGAAAAUUUGAACAGCCACCCUCUCUUAUGUUGGAUUCCAGAAAUGAUGAUAUUGCUAUUGUAAAUAAGAGCAAUCACCUGUUCAUGGUGAAAGGCAUAGAGGCUGGACAAAGCAGUAACAUCUUGAGACAAAAAGAGAUAGAGAAUGGUUCAAGGCAGAUUAAAUGGGAACAACCAACCCUUAGUAUUGGGGACAUGGGAAGGCCUUUCCUAACUAGGUCUCGAAGUGCAUUAGAGUCACCUCAAUGUACUCGAAGAGAUGACAAUAAGGAUCCAACUACAGAUAGCACAACAAGUGAAUCGUUUUCAGAGGCAUGUCUGAGCAUGAGCCUAGGUAUUGCAAGCAAUGGAAACAGGAUGGAGGCUACUUCAACAGCGGAAAGACCUAUUCUAUCGCCAACAACAGCCAUUGCUGAAGGACGAGAACUUGCCACUACACUAUCUCCCUUUCAGCAAGCACAGAGGGCUCGGCAUUUCCUGACCAGACCACCAAGGGUUGGUGAAGGUGCUGCUUUUGAUCCAACGAGAGACAUGUUUCCGCAUCUUCGUGUUGCUAGACCACCUGCUGAGGGAAGGGGCCGCAAUCAAUUACUUCCUCGGUAUUGGCCAAGAAUAACAGACCAAGAGCUGCAACAAAUAUCUGGAGAUUCAAAUUCCACAAUCGUUCCAUUGUUCGAGAAGGUCCUGAGUGCGAGUGAUGCAGGACGCAUAGGGCGCCUUGUUCUUCCAAAAGCUUGUGCUGAGGCAUAUUUCCCCCCAAUUUCUCAACCAGAAGGUCGCCCCUUGACAAUUCAAGAUGCAAGAGGAAAAGAAUGGCAUUUUCAGUUUAGGUUUUGGCCAAAUAAUAACAGCAGAAUGUAUGUCUUGGAGGGUGUUACACCAUGCAUACAGUCUUUGCAAUUACAAGCUGGCGAUACAGUGACCUUUAGUCGUAUAGAUCCUGGAGGGAAACUUGUUAUGGGCUUUCGGAAGGCCACUAAUACUGUUAGUCUGCCAGACUCACAUAUUUCAGCUAUUGCAAAUGGUUCCCUUCUCAGUGAGACACUCUUUUCUACUGCAAAUGAGAACAUAGGAGUAGUAAGUGGUUAUCCUGGAUUUCUUCACUCAGUAAAGGGAGCUGCAGAUCUCCAUCCAAGCUCUGUAUAUGAUCAUCAUAUGAACUCAGCUGAUGGGGAUGUCAGUUGGAAUAAGGCAGAUAAAUUUGGCAGCAGGCCAGAUGAGGGGUCUUUGCAAUUUUUACAAAAACGUAGUCGCAAUAUUGGUUCCAAAAGCAGGAGGUUCUUAAUCGAUGCUGAAGAUGCCAUGGAACUAAAGCUUACCUGGGAAGAGGCUCAAGAGUUGUUGCGCCCUGCUCCCACUGCAAAGCCAACUGUUGUGAUGAUUGAGGACUAUGAAUUUGAAGAAUAUGAUGAACCCCCUGUCUUUGCAAAGAGAUCAAUUUUCACCAUCCGUGCAACAGGGGAACAAGAUCAGUGGAUUCAAUGUGAUGAGUGCUCAAAAUGGCGUCGGCUGCCUCUUAAUGUUAUUGUUGCAUCCAAAUGGACAUGCAUCGAUAACUCAUGGGACCCAAAAUGCUGCUCCUGCUCUGCGCCUGAAGAGUUGACCCCAAAAGAGUUGCAAAGUGUUAUGCAGCUGUAUGAAGAGAUGAGGAGGCGAAAGGGCAGCUAUGGUCUGAAGCUGAAUGUCGCUGAAAUGGAUGCAUCCAGCCUUGACGCCUUGGCCAGUGCCGCAGUAUUUGGUGAAGUCGGGAACCAAGCCGCCCAGCGGCAAGGGCCCAAGCACAACCCUGCGUGCACCUGCAACGUGUGCAUGAUGGUCAAGCGUCGGUUCAAGACACUGAGGAUGAGGAAGAAGCAGCGGCAGUCGGAGCGAGAGGAGGCAGAGGCGAGCAAGAAGAUCGCAUGGACGCUGGACACCACCCGAGACAACAGUGAUGUGACCAUGUUCGACAAGGUGGCCGACAUGAACAAGGGGCACAUAGACCUCAACUUCCACCCUGCCCCUGCCGUCCGUGGCGACCAAGGACAGCAUGGCGCGCAGCAGUCCCGGCCGGUGAGCAUAAUGGACCUCCUGGAAGUGGCGAGCCGGCCCCUUGAUAACUACAUGAAGCAGAACGGCCUGACGAGCCUGGUGGGGGAGCAAGGUGGUGGCAGCUCCAGCACGACCACGGUCCCACCGGCUCCGGUGGAGAGUGAGGAGCGGACGUCCAACGAGGGCCGCGUCGCAUCAGCAUCAGCAUCAGCAGAGCGGGAACCGGACGCCAUGGCCAUCGACGAGGCUGGCGAGAACCAGCAGGACAAGGCUGCCGACGAUGCUGCUGCUGCUGCUACUUGA